AUGCCCACGACGGCACGCCGCCCACUCGAGCCCGUCCCACUGUCGACCCUCGCGUCCUCAUCGCCCUCGAGCUCCUCCCCACAUGGCGUCGUCCGUGGCCGCCUCACAAAGCUCCGCCCCUACUCGCCCCACACUCGCCUCGCCCAGCUCACCCUCGCCUCGAUCGAUCCCGGCCUCGACACACCCGGCACCGCCAUCGACGUCGAGCUCAAGGGCGACGUCGCCCUCCUCGCCUCGCGCAGGCUCCGCAAGGGCGACAUCGUCAUUCUCGCCACAAAGGGAGCGUCGACCGCCCCCGGCAAGAGUACGGGCAACGGCCACGGCGAGCGGCGCGCGGGGUGGGUCCGGUUCGACGAGUUGACGGGCUGGAUCCGGCGCAAGAACGGCGACGACGAGUUCCUGCACUUUGCCCAAGCGGCCAAGUCGACGGCGCCGCAUGCUCGCCCUCGACCGUCCGCACCUCCUCCUCCCGUUCUUCCUCCCGCUCCACCUCCACCCCUCGCCGCCGCGCCCUCGGCAAAGCGUCCGAGAACGUCGACGUCGCCACGGCCAUCGGUGCCCGCCAAGGUCAGCCCGCCAGGACAAGGCCACCGGGCCCGCAAGCGGCUCAAGGCCGCAGCGGCAGCCGACGCGCUCGCUUCAUGGGGCCUGACCGCGGUGGACGGCACGCGCUACACACCGCUCGACCAGCUCGGCCCGCUCGUCGCCCAGACGCCCAAGUCGGCCCUCCUCAACACGGUCGUCAACGUCGUCGCGCUCGUCACGCACGCCGGGAGGCCGUCCGAGCCCAUGUCGUCAAAUCGAGACUGGUACCGCCCGAUCCUCGUUGUCGACCCAACCCGACCCGGGCGAGACGCUCCGCUCGAGAUCCAGUGGUACGCCAAGACCGCGGCGGCGCUCCCCGAUGUCCAGCCCGGCGACGUCGUCCUCGCGCGCAACCUCGUUCUCAAGGCCGCCUCGACGCCGGGUGCGCCCAUCCUCCUCGCGCGCGCGUUCGCCGUCGUCCCGCACGCGCCUCUUCGCCCCGCGGCGCUCCUCGCCUCGCCGCCUCCUCGGCCCGGUGCAGCUGCAGCGACGGCAGCACCGACAGCGCGACCGAGUGCGCUCGAGGUCGCGCCCGACGAGCUCGCGUACGCGGCGAGGGUCGUCAGGGCGUGCGGCGAGGCGGCGGGCCCAAACGAGGGCGAGGGCGGCGCCGCAGGAGCUGAGACGAGGCCGAUGCUCCCGCCGAGCCUCGCGGAUGGCGCUCGACCUCGGGCGAGCGCCGGCGGCGGCGGGGCACGAGGCGGGCGGCCGCUGCUGCGCGUCGAGGAGAUGUCGGAGGGCCAGUUCUGCGACCUCAUCGGCAUGGUGACCAAGAUCCACUGCCCCUCGUCGUGCGCCUCGCUGCCCCCUUCGAGCGCCGCCUCGCUCUAUCUCACCGACUACACCCGGCACCCUCUCCUGCACGACUACGCCUCGCCGUCCGCCGUCGGCCUCGCCGGCCAGCUCGUCCUCCAACUGUCGGUCUUUGGCGCCCAGGCCCAACCGCUCUCGGCGCUCGUCGACCACUCGCGCACCGGCCAAGCGCGCCGCGGCGCCCUCGUGCACGUGCGCAACGUGCGCGUCAAGCGGGGGACGGGAGGCGCGCUCGAGGGGACGCUGUGGGAGGAGAGGGACGCGAGGUACAGGGACAGGAGGGACGUGACCGUAGUCGACUUGAGGAGGAGGGACCAUGAGGAGCGGUGGGGGGCGAGGGCGAGGGACGUCCAGAGGCGCCACCGCGAGUACUGGGCGGCGAGGUCGAGGGAGUAGCGCCACGUCCUGCAACUCGAGUUCGACCUUGACCCUCUC